AUGCCUAGGCGAAACCCUCAACCCGCGUGGAGAGCUGCGGUCGUUGGCCUGGUUUGGAGUGUGUUUAUGUACUACUGCAUCUACCGUCAACCAUUGAGAGAUCUUACAGAAAGGCUUACAAGAUCUGAUACGGUCGACAAGCCUUUUAUUCUCGGAGCUAUCACAUUACCGAUCGUUGCCUUGUGCGACAAAAUCAAACUCGAAGAAUUUCUCUGGGCCAGUGCCAUUCUAUAUCAUGCCACUUCUACGUUUUGCAAAGUGGCACCCAACACGACUGCUUUCUUCGUCGGCCAGGUCUUUGCGGGAGCAAGUGCAAGUAGCGUUAUCUAUGGGUACAACUUCCUAUUCUCCGCUAUAAACGUAUGA